CACAACCAGGCUGAUCCUUCAGGCUUUUGUUGAGGCAGGGAAGCCAUUUUGGGAUCUUGCAGCAGUGUGGAAUAGCAAACACUGUCAACUUCCAAACUUCCCCAGCCCGGAGACGAGAGGACCUAAGGAUAUGACACCCGGCGGCGUCAGGAGCGGGGAGACCUAGCAUGAUCUGAAACCUUGAGAAUGGAUUAUUCCCAUCUUCACACGUACGCUCCUCCCCAGUGUCUUCCUGAAAACACUGGGUACACCUAUUCUCUAAGCUCCAGUUAUUCCACUGCUGCGCUGGACUUUGAGAACUUGCAUAAAUUGGAUCCUGUCUUUGGCUCCCCGAGAAUGUCGCGGCGUAGCCUACGUUUGUCGAACACGACCGCCAACUUUUCUGAUGAUCUCCUCAACAGCAGUGUCGCCUCCAACGUCUCCUUCGCUGGAAGUGUUGCUCAUGAUAUGUCGAUUAACAGGUCUGGCAGACAGCGGCAUAACAGCAGCAUGCAGUCUUCUUCCAGCAACCGUCUGUCGCUGAAAGGGGUAGCCAACGCGUCUUUUCAGAGCAGCUUCAGCACACACGUCACAGACACCUCCACGUUGUCCACAGUAUUGGACGAGUCUUCGAUACGGGAGCAGACUGAAGUGGACCACCUGUGGGGCCUGGAUGAGGACGAUCCAAAAGCAGGGGACGCUACAAUGAUUCAAGCAAAUGGAGAUGUUCUCACUGCAGAAACUCAAACCACCCUAGUAAAUGGGUACACGUGCAACGACUGCAGCAUGCUGUCUGAAAGGAGCAACGUCCUGACCGCGUACUCCGCUUCUCGCACGCCGGCCGUGUCCUCCUACACUGUGUCUACAAAAGUGUACUCCCGUGACCGGAGCCACAAGUCAAGAGAACUUCCUCAUUACGCGCACAAGGCAAUGGUGCUGGUCAGAAGUGCGAUGUCAUCCCUGACAGCACUGCUCAUGAGCCUCUUUCACAUGGUUAUGCUGAAGCUGGGUUAUGAGCUGAAAGCUCACUCGAAUUUCUGUGGAAGUAUGAAUGUGAAAGGCUAUCGGGCGGAGGACGGACAUCUCCAUAUGAAUGGAGAAACCCUUUGUGAUGACUGUAAAGGGAUGAAACAACACGAAAAACAAACCACUGUCCACACGCAGUCCUCACGGGCUAGAAGGGUGGCGGGGUCCUUGUGGCACAUCUUUUCUUACACAGGUUACCUUUUAAUGCAAGCGGUGCGCAAUGCCGGAGCUGCUGGAUGGUUUGUAUCCAGGAAGGUGUUGUCGUUUCUUUGGUUGGCCAUUGUAUCACCAGGAAAGGCCGCCUCAGGAAUGUUUUGGUGGCUGGGCACAGGCUGGUACCAGCUUUCUACCCUGGUUUCCCUGCUGAACAUCUUUUUGCUAACUAGAUGCCUUCCAAGAGUUUCCAGAGCGCUGCUCCUCCUGAUCCCAUUGCUGCUGCUCCUGGGUCUCUGGCUAUGGGGCUUUGAUUCCUUACUUGCCGUGCUACCAUUAUUUAGCGGAUUUAGUACAACAAAAACAGCUGAAGAUCCUAUUCCUAUCCUGAAGCCAACGCCUGACGCUCAUAUACCCAGCACUGACAAGACGGAAGGGGGUCUUCAGUCUGACAGCCGAAUGCGGGAGCUGGAGAAGAAGUUUGGGUUAAUGGUUGCCAGCCAGAGUCAUCACGCAGAAGAUUACAACAAACUGAAGCUUCUGGUCUUGGCGAUGGAGAAACAGAUGGCUCAGAUGAAUGACCCGGGUCACAUGUCUGUGUUAAUUUCAGGGCUCCUCAGUGAGCAUCUGGGCAAAAUACAGAGAGAUGUACAGGACAAAUCCACGGAAGACCACUCUGUCAGUAGGAAUCACGAAGCCCGAAUCCUACACUUAGAAGCACUGCUGCGUAAACUAUCAGAGGCCGUUGAGGAAGACCGGAAACGAGCGCAGUCAAAUGCAAGUGAAAUUGGCGUUCAAGAUCAGAAUCAUUUACGGACAAGGAUUGAAAGUCUGGAAAAAGAAUUUGAAGCCUAUAAAGCAGAGUUCCUCAAAGAACAGAGCGUAAGGUCCAGCUGUGAUCUGCCAGACUGCAUACUUCAGAAGGUGGAUGCCAGGGUGAGAGAAUCUGUCCAAAUGAUGUUCGGGAGCCAAGCAAACUUGCCAGAGGCCUUAUUGCAGUGGCUUUCUGCCAACUAUGUCAGCAACAAAGACUUCAAUGCCAGACUGCAGGAAAUGGAGAUUCACCUGUUGAGGGACAUCACACAUCAAGUCUCGAUCACUGGAAAAAUCCCAACGUCGCAAAUGGUGGAAGAGACGGUGAGACGAGGGAUAGCCGGCAUCACUGAGCAGGAAGCGCGUGUCAUCGUGAAUAAUGCGCUGAAGCUUUACUCCCAAGACCGCACUGGCAUGGUGGACUUUGCGUUGGAGUCUGGAGGUGGAAGUAUCCUGGGCACUCGAUGCUCUGAAACCUAUGAGACCAAGACGGCACUCGUCAGCCUGUUUGGAAUUCCAUUGUGGUAUUUAUCUCAGUCCCCCAGAGUGGUUAUUCAGCCUGACAUGUACCCAGGUAACUGCUGGGCCUUUAAAGGAGCUCAGGGGUACCUGGUGGUGCGGCUUUCAAUGGAGAUAUUUCCAACGGCUUUCUCAUUGGAGCACAUUCCAAAGUCCCUCUCCCCAACUGGUAACAUCACAAGUGCCCCUAAGGAUUUUGCUGUCUAUGGCUUGGGAGAUGAGUACCAAGAAGAUGGUGUCUUAUUGGUCCAGUCUAAGUACAAUGAAGAGGGGGAGCCUCUGCAAAUAUUCCAUGUCACGGAAGAGAACAAAAAGUCUUUCCAGAUUGUGGAGCUCAGAAUCCUCUCCAAUUGGGGGCAUUCCAACUAUACUUGUCUGUAUCGCUUCCGAGUACAUGGAACUCCCGUGAAAAAACCUGAAUAAAAGCUAUUCGCAAAAUGAACACUUUUUUUUUUUUUUUUUUUUUUUUUUUUUUUUUUGUUGUAAAUG